CAGCUUAAGGCAAAUAUGCGGACGGAUUUAUAUAGACGGUUGCCUGCGAAAAAAUCCCUCGUGCCCCUUGUGUCAGUUUUCGCAUCGUCGGCGUCGCGACGUCGUCGGGACGGACUCCCGAGAUAUGCGGCGCCUCCAUCUCUUCAUGCGUCGGAUGCUGCUGAUGUCGGGCUUCGCCCCAUCAACAUGGACCAUCUACCACGGAUCGCUUCUCAUUCUUCCAUUUGUCCGCCACUUCAGAUGCUGACACAGCCGCAUCCGGCUAGACCUAGAACUCCCGUUUCUAAGAGACUGCUAAGUAAUGCUGCACUUUCAACGACCUCUGGCGGUGUCGAGCCUCAGGUGCAGCCGAUUCCGGUGUUGCCGUGCUCGGCCCAGUACCAGCCGAGUAGGAGGCGAGAGGAGGCGAAAGCGCUCCAGAACCUCCGCAGGAGACUGAACGCGGCCAAAGUGGUGCAGGCGAACCGGCCGGAGCCAAUCGAGGCCCGCAAUUAUUGUGCCAACAAUAAUCCCCGCCUAAGUCCCGAGGAUAUCGACAAUCGCCCUUAUUUAUUGCAAAAGAUUUUACAUAACCGUCCAGUAAGUAUGGUCUUAGACAUAUCAGAAAUACGGACUGCAUGGCAGGAUAGCGACUUUAUCACUGACUGUCUGUGUUGGCACAAUGUUUAUAGACAACGGCAUAACUCUCCGCCAUUAACUAUGCUACCUGAGCUCUGUGACUUGGCCCAAACGUGGGCGAACCAUUUGGCGCACACGAAUCGCUUUUACUACCGAAACGACCGGGAUAUCGGGCAAAACCUCUUCUGUCGAGUGACCAACGCCGUGGUCAGUGACGUCACCGGUCAAGAAGUCACUAUUUACUGGUACUCCGCGGUCAAACAGUACGACUUUAGUAACGAACCGCACCGGAUAAGGGCCAACGUUAACGCCGGUCAUUUUACGCAGUUAGUAUGGGCCUCAAGUAAACAUUUAGGAUUGGGUAAGGCGCGCUCGAGGUCUGGAAAAAUCGUGGUGGUGGCGCACUAUGCUCCUGCCGGAAACGUUACCGGAUCCUACCUUAAUAAUGUGCUUGCUCCUAUCGAGGAUCUUCCCAAGAUACCUCAACCUCUUCCUAAGAAAAUCAUAAUAUCCGGGAGCGUUGCCAGCGACACCGAAAGCCAAACUACUAGCAGUACCACUUAGAAAUUCUCUUGCUGUCUUUGUAUGUCUAUUAUAUAAAUGCUCUCAUUCUCUUCUUAUAUUAGAAUUGUAUAGGUGUUGUAUUAUUGUGGCCUAUAAAACGUAAGCUUUAUACUAAAGUGUAAAAUGCGAAAUGUGAUGACGUUAUUAAGCUCAGCUCAGUUUAUGUUUUAAAAAGUAGUAUAGGUGUAGGUAUAAUUACGGGGUUUGCACUCAAAUUUGGCUCGUGGCGUAAAAUGUACACCCUGUAUACGCGUAAUCAGCUUGUGAACAAUCCUUCUACAAUCAAAAAAUUUAAAAGUUUUAUAUGCUCGAUGUAACAAUCAUUUUUUUCAAAAUCGAUGACGUUUUCAGCGAUCUCACACUGGAAAUUUCACCUUUUAGCGAGAAUGUAUUAAGACUGAUGAGAGGUGUGUUGGUGCUUGUUUUGCCUAAAAACUUUUGUUAAUCGUUAUGAUAUAAAUUAUAUAUCGUUUUUGUUACAAUAUUAUAUUUUUAUUAUAUGUAAAUUAGCCGCUUAAGAUUGUUGAUAAUUAUUAUAUAAGAUGUUGCGUUUUUGGAAAUAAAAUUAUUGUAUUGCAGA